AUUUUUAUGCAGAGAACUGUCUUUCCUUUUCUAUGCAGAGGAUUUGCUUGGAGCAGCCGAACCCUGCAGCCUGCAGCUGUCAUUGCAAAACCUCUAUAAAAGGCCAUUUCGUCUCCCUGCAUCCCACCCAUCAGCAGCAAAGAACACCAUUCUCUUCUCAAUUACCAGAGCCAGCUGCUAGCUAGUUAAGGCUCACAACUCAUCUUCCCCAAGAAUAGUUUAGCCAUGGUGGUUCCGGUGAUCGACUUCUCGAAGCUGGACGGCGCCGAGAGAGCCGAAACCAUGGCGAAGAUCGCCGACGGGUGCGAGAACUGGGGCUUCUUCCAGCUGGUGAACCAUGGCAUCCCGACGGAGCUUCUGGAGCGCGUGAAGAAGGUUUGCUCGGAGAGCUACCGGCUCCGAGAAGCCGCGUUCCGGGUUUCGGAGCCGGUGCGGACGCUGGAAGCGCUGGUGGAAGCCGAGCGGCGCGGCGAGGCGGCGGCGCCCGUGGACGACAUGGACUGGGAGGACAUCUUCUACCUCCACGACGACACCCAGAGCUGGCCGUCCUCCCCGCCGGGGUUCAAGGAGACGAUGCACGAGUACCGGGCCGAGCUCAAGAAGCUGGCCGAGAGAGUCAUGGAGGCCAUGGACGAUAACCUGGGCCUCGAGACGGGCCGGAUCAAGGCCGCCUUCACGGGCCACGGCCGCCACGCGCCCUUCUUCGGCACCAAGGUGAGCCACUACCCGCCGUGCCCACGGCCCGACCUCGUCACCGGCCUCCGAGCCCACACGGACGCCGGCGGCGUGAUCCUGCUGUUCCAGGACGACAAGGUCGGCGGGCUCGAGGUGCUCAAGGACGGCGAGUGGCUCGCCGUGCAGCCGCUCGCGGACGCCAUCGUCGUCAACACCGGCGACCAGAUCGAGGUGCUCAGCAAUGGCCGCUACCGCAGCGCCUGGCACCGCGUCCUCCCCAUGCGCGACGCCAACCGCCGCUCCGUGGCUUCGUUCUAUAACCCGGCCUUCGAGGCGGCCAUCUCGCCGGCGGUGGGCGGCGCCGGCGGCGAGUACCCGGAGUCGUAUGUGUUUGGGGACUACAUGGAUGUCUACAGCAAGCACAAGUUUGAAGCCAAGGAGCCCAGAUUCGAGGCCGUCAAGGCGCCAGCAAAGGCAACAGCUUGAAAUUGAGUAUUGAUCGUGGGGAUUAAAGGGGGUUGAUUAUCUGUUAGCUGGGUUAAUUUUGGUGACCAGGUAGGUUGCAGUGAGAAUGGAAAGGGGGUUGAUUAUCUGUUAGCUGGGGUUUAUUCAAUUACUGCAGUUGUUUUAUGAUUUAUGACAUAGGUGGUGUACCAAUGAAAUAUUUUGUGAUCGUUUCAUGUUUGGCAGUUAAGAAAGGAAUACUAUAAUAUUUUCUUUAUUGAAGAUAUACC